AUGUCGAAACCCCAGGAUCGCCACCAUAACCACGCCAACGGCCACCACCACGAAAUCCCCAAACCCCAUCUGACCACAAUGGGCGGCCACCUCGUCGCCGCCUCGGGCGAGUUCGUCGGCACCUUUUUCUUCCUGUACUUUGCGUAUGCCGGCAACAUCAUGGUGAUCAAGCAGGGGACCGAGUCAGCCGGGGACGGUACACUCAGCAGUCAGGGCGUUGUAUUCAUUGCCCUCUCGUACGGCCUUUCCCUCCUCGUCAAUGUCUGGACGUUCUACCGCAUCAGUGGUGGUCUCUUCAAUCCUGCGGUGACACUCGGCCUUUCUCUCGGCGGCCAAUUGCCGUGGAUGCGGUCCGCGUUCCUGGUGCCGGCCCAGAUACUGGCGUCGAUGUGCGCCGGUGGGCUGGUCGAAGCCAUGUUCCCAGGCCAAGUCCAUCAAGCAAACUCGCUGCUUGGGAUUGAGACGUCUGUCGCUCAGGGUCUGUUCCUCGAAAUGUUCUUCACCGCGCAACUCGUCAUUGUGGUAUUCAUGCUGGCCGCUGAGAAGUCUCGUGAUACCUUCCUCGCGCCCAUUGGUAUCGGACUGGCUUUGUUCAUGAUCUUGAUUCCAGGUGUCUGGGUCACUGGUGGGUCACUCAAUCCCGCCCGUAGCUUCGGAUGUGCCGUGGCAGGCAGGACGUUUCCCAAUUACCACUGGAUCUACUGGCUCGGGCCAUGCAUGGGAGCCGCUCUCGCGGCUGCGUACUAUCGGUUCGUCAAAUGGGCUCACUACGAGGAAGCCAACCCUGGUCAAGAUCUACCGGCAGACCCGAAAGAUCUGGCGGCGGCUCACCCGGCAACCCACGGGCUACCUCACAGCUUGAUCCCUCAUCGACAUGAGGUUUAG